AUGGAAUCUGGCAGGAAAAAGAGGACCGUGCUGACUCUCCAGCAGAAAAAAGAAAUCCUAGUGUGCCUGGAUCAGGGUGAAUUGCAAGCGACUUUGGCCAAGAAAUUCGGAGUCGACAAAAGCACGAUUUGCUACAUCAAGAAGAAUGCAGAUCAGAUCCGACGGUACGUUCAGUCUCGAACUCUGGAACUCUAUCCGAAGCUCGGCGGAACUCGAGAUUUCCGAGCUAGCAACGGUUGGUUGCAAAAAUUCAAGAGUAGGCAUGGCAUCCGUGAACUAGAAGUACAAGGGGAAAGUUUGUCAUCAGACGCAGAAGCAGCUGGUCAAUUCGUCAUCAAAUUCAGAGCUGCUCUGAACAUCGGAACUUUCGACCCUGAAUUCAUCUAUAAUGGUGAUGAAACAGGACUGUACUACAGGGCGCUACCAAGCAGAUCGCUAGCAGCGCGCAAUGAGCGGUCGGCGCCGGGACGGAAGGCGAGCAAGGAUAGGGUGACUGUUAUGACAUGUGCCAAUGCCACAGCAGUCGAAGAACAUCAGAAGAUCAUAGGCAAAGAAGGAAACGUAUUGCUCAUUUUGGAUAAUGCUCCUUCGCACCCGCCGCUGACGACCAUGGAGACCAAGAACGGAAAAUUCACCGUCACAUUCUUGCCGCCGAAUGUAACUGCUAUCCUUCAACCGAUGGAUCAAGGCGUCAUUGUCGCCCUGAAUCGUUUAUACCGUAAACAGCUGAUGUUCAGGAUGCUCUGUCUUAUCGAGAAUGACGCAGCGGCGGCGUCAGGGAACCUCAGUAAGCUGAUUGAUCUCAAAGAUUGUUGCUUGAUGCUGUCUCAAGCGUGGGCUUCAGUGAGAACCUCAACCUCGCGGAAUGCCUGGAACAAGUUGAUGCCAAUCGGCUUCGGAGGAGAGCCUGCUUCAUGGACGAUUCGUUUGAAAUCGCAGUUCUCGGGGAGAACUUGCGACAAGAUCCAAGAUUCGCCGAAUGCGACGCGACUGACAUAG